AUGACACCAAUAAGCGCUAACUGUCGCCACCAAGAUCUGCAGGGUAAUGUGGCGGCACAGCAUUUACCCCACCAGCCUACUCCAGGAAGGGCCACAACAAGCAAUACGGGAGAUGAAGAACAAAAUGCCAUAGUUCCGAUAAAUCAAGUUUUUGACGAUGUUGACAUUAAUAAUCCCAAUGAUUUACCUUUGAUUGAAUCGAAUGAUCAAAGUACUCUUUUUGUGCCCAAUAAAAAUGACAAUGGUUUAUAUAAAAAUGAGUCACAAAAUGUCAUAGUUUCAGUACAUGACGAUGCUGACACUUCUGAUGCCAUUGAUUUACCUUUGACUUUGACGAAUAGUGAAAAUUCUCCUCUUGUGUCCACUGAAAAUGACAAUGGCACAAUAAAGCAAUGUCAGUUAACUCAGGUAAAAAAAGAUGAAAGACGGUUCAUGAUGAAAGAUAUGCCAAAGUUUCACUUGAAUGUAAACUAUGUAUAUCGUCUAAGAGUGUUGCACACUGCUAAAAACUAUAUCUUUUUGGCGAAAGUAAACGAAGAAAAUUCUAUUAGGGCACUUGAAAAACGCAUUAAUGUUUUUUACAGUUACUCUAAGGAAAAAACUUACACCCCCCAAUUGGAGGAGCUGUGCGUUAUUAAAUAUAACGACGGUAAUUGGUACAGAGGCAUCUGUAAGGCCAUCAAUGAAGAUGUAGAUGGAAAAAUGACAUUUUUUAUAUCACUGCUAGAUUGGGGUGAUUUCAUUUCUGUAAAUGUUAAUAACAUACGAAAAAUACAGCCAUUUUUUAUUCAACACGCACCAUUAGUAGUAAAAUGCGUUCUUAGAGAUUUGAAACUUUCACGUUUUUCAAAGAAAAUUUUAAGGAAACUGUCUAAUAAAGUCUUUAAUUGCAAUAUAUUCUCAAGAUUUGGUCCGACUUAUUAUGAAAUUAAAUCGGAGCAGAUAUCUAGCUUAUUAAAAAAUUAAAAAUUAAUUUUAGUGUCAACCAGUUGGCAAUUUAACAUGAACAUAUUUAUCUUGCUAAUUUAUAAUUUACAAGUAGCUCGUUUUUAAAGAAAAUUUCUUAAUCCAUUAUUACAUGUUUAGUAAUGUACAAUUCAUUCCAAAACUUAUACAACAAUUAAU